AUGUCCCAACUGAAAGAAAAAUCAAACGUUAUUACCACAGUCUUGAGUGAAGAGCUUCCUGUGAAGUACUCUGAAGAGAUUUCGGAUUACGUUUAUCAUGAUCAACAUUGGUGGAAGUACAAUCACUUUCGCAAAUUGCACUGGUAUAUCUUCGUUCUUACACUUACAUCAACCAACAAUGGCUAUGAUGGUUCUAUGCUUAACGGUUUGCAAUCAUUGAGUACCUGGAAGGAUGCCAUGGGAAACCCCGAAGGUUAUAUUCUAGGAGCUCUUGCAAAUGGUACUAUAUUUGGAGGUGUUCUUGCUGUAGCCUUUGCUUCUUGGGCCUGUGACAGGUUUGGAAGAAAAUUGACUACUUGUUUUGGUUCUAUAGUUACUGUUAUUGGUGCAAUAUUACAGGGUGCUUCAACUAACUAUGCAUUCUUUUUUGUCUCUAGAAUGGUCAUUGGAUUUGGAUUUGGUCUUGCUAGUGUUGCUUCUCCAACAUUAAUCGCAGAACUCUCCUUUCCUACUUAUAGACCUACAUGCACUGCCCUUUACAAUGUUUUCUGGUACUUGGGAGCUGUUAUCGCUGCUUGGGUUACCUACGGAACCAGGACUAUAGUGAGUGCAUAUUCAUGGAGAAUUCCAUCUUACUUGCAAGGUUUACUACCCUUGGUUCAAGUAUGUCUAGUUUGGUGGGUACCUGAGUCGCCAAGAUUCUUAGUUUCAAAGGGUAAGAUUGAAAAAGCUAGAGAAUUUUUGAUCAAAUUUCAUACAGGCAAUGAUACCCAAGAGCAAGCUACUAGAUUGGUUGAAUUCGAACUUAAGGAAAUCGAAGCUGCAUUAGAGAUGGAGAAAAUCAAUUCAAACUCUAAGUAUACUGACUUCAUUACGAUUAAGACUUUCAGAAAGAGAAUUUUCUUGGUUGCCUUUACUGCUUGUAUGACUCAAUUAUCUGGCAAUGGUCUAGUGUCUUACUACUUGAGUAAAGUUUUGAUCUCGAUUGGUAUUACGGGUGAGAAGGAACAAUUGCAAAUUAAUGGUUGCUUGAUGAUUUACAACCUUGUUCUUUCAUUGGCUGUUGCAUUCACCUGUUACUUGUUCAGAAGAAAGGCUUUGUUCAUUUUCUCUUGUUCUUUCAUGUUGCUUUCGUACGUCAUCUGGACUAUUCUCUCUGCUAUCAACCAACAAAGAAAUUUUGAACAGAAAGGUUUGGGUCAAGGUGUUUUGGCAAUGAUCUUUAUAUACUAUCUUGCAUACAAUAUUGGGCUUAACGGAUUACCAUAUUUGUAUGUUACUGAAAUCUUGCCAUACACACACAGAGCCAAAGGUAUCAAUCUCUACUCUCUUGUCAUCAACAUCACCCUUAUUUAUAACGGUUUUGUCAAUGCUAUUGCUAUGGAUGCAAUUUCAUGGAAAUACUAUAUCGUCUACUGCUGUAUCAUUGCCGUUGAAUUGGUUGUUGUUAUCUUCACUUAUGUUGAGACUUUCGGAUACACGUUGGAAGAAGUUGCUCGUGUUUUUGAAGGUACUGACUCACUUGCGAUGGACAUUAACUUGAACGGUACUGUGAGUAACGAAAAGAUUGAUAUUGUCCAUUCUGAACGUGGAAGUUCUGCCUAA